AUGAAGGCAAAAACGUUGUUCAAAUGGAUCUAUGAACAAGUGUUGCAUUACAAUGUUUUCAUGUUAGAAGAGAAUGAUUAUGAUGACGAUCAUGACAUCAUAGAUCCCAUUGUUGCUCUGAAAUAUCAAAAAUAUAAAACAUGGUUGUACAUUACACUCAGAACAGUAUGUUUCUAUGUUUUAUUAUAUGUCAUUCUGAUCAAAAUGGAACCGAAAACGAUUGCUGUUUCCAACAUAACACCUGAUCUCUUUGCUAAGUUGCAUGCUCAAUAUGGACGAACUCUUUCGUGUCCGUGCAAAACAACGACCAUACCGUAUAAGAAUUUUCUCACACACAAUGUCACUGUGCAUCCUGUGUGUUCGAGUGAUUUUGUUGAGCGAGCGUGGAUUGAAGGACUGUAUUUAGAGAACGCAAGCCACUACGGUGGUUGUGAUUUUCGAACAACAGCUUAUUCACAGUUUAAACUUUUGUCGGAGUUCUGUUCACUUUCGAACGAAAUGAUUGCUCAGAUUCAAACAGACAUCGCCAACACCGAUAUAAUUUCGAUUGAGCUCGGUUCCGAAAUGGAAAUUCGAAAGGCAGUUGAUGGUUUCAUUAAAUCAAAAAGGCACACUGUAUCUGAUCAAAUGAUAUCAUUUCUGAACUAUUUGAGAACGACAAUUCAAGGAUAUUUUCUAGUUACGGCUCUCGGUACUAAUUUGAUACUUGGAUUAGGAACUCCCGAUUACGUCAAAUUACGAAUGUAUGAAACACCUGUGACCCUUUUUGACGCAGAAGGGCUCAGGCGAACCUGCGCCAUCGAAAGUCCAAUGAUUCCAGCUGCUCUUCCUCGAGUACCCAGCGAGCUUAUAUGUACCUAUGAUAGAUCUACAAUGACACUAAUGAGUGAUUCUACAGUUGUCCAAGGCUUCUUUGCGGGAUGUACUCCCCUUGAAUCACUUCUUGCAAGCAGAUUGGAUUGUUUAUAUAAUUCACAAUGUAUCCAACUGCUGUUCGACUAUUUUCCAGAUCUAAAUCGAAAACAUGUCAACCCAAUUCUAUCAUCCCACUAUCAAAAUAUUUCCAUCAUGAACUAUUUAGAAGUUCUUUUCGUUGAAGACUGGUCACCGGACAUUGAUUUUGCGUCAUAUUUCAAUCGAUGUUCACCCUCGAUGUGUACAUACACAAUCACAGGUCGAACAAAGUUUCUGUCUCUAUUGACCCUAUUCAUUAGUGUUUAUGGUGGUCUUACAAUUAUACUACGUUUGAUUGCAUCCUAUUCUUUUGGUAUUAUAUAUAACUGGAAAACAAGUCCAGGUUAUGAACGCAAAAUACUGUUGACAAUAAUGAAAUCGAUAAAGAAACUGAACCUGUUCAAAAAUACUCUUGAUCGAAGUGAAGAUGGUGUCAAACAACAACGAAUGAUCACUCGGGUUUAUUUAAUUUUAUUAUUCGGUAAAUCUCUUCUUCUUCCAUACAGAUAG